CAAUAUUCUAUGGAAAGUUGAUUCCAAUUCUACGGUUACUACGGCGCAUUCGAUGGAACGUUUAGUGACGUCAGCUCAGGUGUUGCAUAGAGACGGCCGCAGGUCAGGUCACAUGUAAGGCCCACGCUCUAGUGCACGUCUGGGUACACUUAUCGGAGGGGGACGAGACAAAAUGGAUUCCCAGGGACUUCGGAAGGAAUUCCAACUCAAGUUGAUGCGUCUGGAUCACGGAGAGCCCCACGACUUUACCAGAAGCCCGUGGUUCAGCAGCCCAAAGUGGUACUUGGUCUACCGUACAGUGAUAUGCCUGUACCAGAUCUGCACCUACGCGACUACCAAAGCGCUGUACGGCAUCAGUGCCAGGACUCUCUUCUACCUUACCGACCUGGGCUACAUCAUCCUCACAGCGCACUCCAUCGUAGGCGCCUGGCUUUGUUUUCGCGACUCGUACGGCGGCCGAUCUUACCCGAAAUCGUCCGACGAUCGUCCGAGUUUUCCCGACAAUGACGUGCGGACCACGACGAGGUCUACCGACGCAACUCACCAAACGAGUCAACCGAUCACUGCACUUUCGCUGUACCACAAAGGGUACUGGGUCUUGUACAAUGUGGCUUUCGCCAUUGGGUUGUACAUCACGAUUGGUUUCUGGGCAGUGCCCGGAGGCAACGUAGACCCCCACAGUAUUCUCUUUAACGUCAUGAACUCAGUUGUUAUCGUGAUUGACGUUUUCGUCAGUGGACUGCAGUACCGCCUGAUGCACCUGGUCUACCCGUCGGCAUUUGGGUUCGCGUACAUGGUCUUUGUGGUAAUCUACUGGGCGGCGGGCGGUAUAAGCGUCUACGGCCGUCCUUGGUUGAGGGGUUACCUCGAUUACGGAGAUCAUCCGGGUAUGGCCGCCGGUAUCGCCGCUGCCAGCGUCUUGGUAGCCAUCCCGCUGUGUCACGCCAUCCUCUUCGGUCUCGCGCUUGCUCGCGAGAUGAUGCCAGGUGUCGUACAAGGACGCAUGCGCAGCAGAAAUUCCAUCCGCGACGGCGGUGUCCCAAUGGAACAGCACCGAGACGUCUUCAACGCCUGAGACGUGUCUUUUUUUCUGUACGACUUGUAUACAAUGACAAUUGUAUUAACAGUUAUACGCUGUCUAAGGAGACGCCAAAGCCCUCUAGAGAAAGGACAAACAACAAAAACCCCAUUAAUCCAACUCUACGGAUCCGAGCGUACUAAUCAGUAAUUACAGUAUCUUUGGCUAUGCCUACGGCGCCUACAGACAACUGCUGUUGGCCAAUCUAGAUAUGUCCAUAAUUGCCCACCUGCAUAAAAGAACUCUUAACAAUACAUUGGACGUCAACAGGCUAUUAUAAAUGGUUUUCCAUCAAUCGUUCUUGUCAGUUCAAAGGUCGUCAAAUGUUGACAAUGUAAGAACAUCUGAGCUUUCAUUUCUCUAGAAAGUCCUGAAAUAGAAGAAAUCUUAGUUUACGUUUCUCCGAUGUUACCUUUCGUCGUGUAGAAUUCCUUACCGGCAUGGUUGUCGUCGGGAAACUUUGACGGUUUGUAAGAUUUUGGUUCUGUAAGAGGUUUCCCCUCACCCAUUUCUUGUAGGAGGUGAACUUCACAUUUGUUUGAUUAUGUAUA